GCAGACGCAAGCUGCGAAGAAGAAAGAGAUCAGUGGGAGAUCAUGGCCUCCAUGAAGCUCUCCUUCACCUUCAUCCUCCUCCUCUCCGGGCUCGUCGGGCUGGGCGAGAUCGGCGGCACGGGGGCGGCGUGCCCGGCGCGGUGCGUCCAGGCGGCCUACCUCACCUGCGACAACUACCCGUCGAAGCAGAUCGGGGGGUGCGACUGCCAGUGCGCGCCCAAGGAUGGCAAGAACUGCAGGCUCCACUUCCUGACCACCGGCAGGACGUUCAACUGCCCGGCGCAGUAGGAGACAUCAGCCAUGGCCCAUGGAGUGCUAACCAAACCUUGUACAAAUCAUAGUCAGGUCGUUUUGCUCGUUUCGUGUCCUCCUGUGCGCGCCACACGGGCGGCUGCACGUCGCGCGGGUCGUGGGGAUAGAUCGCCCACACUAGCGUUUCUCGUUUGUGCAAGCGUCGGUGAAUAAAAGGAGGAAGCAAACUGCAAACCCGAAAACGCUGCAGCUUCAUUGCAGCACAAGAUCCAUCGUACGUGUUCCACUUGUGUUCGUGCGUGUGACUUCAUGGCUUGCCGCCGGCGACCAACGCCGGGGAAAUCCUGGCAUGGAGGGGUGAUACAGUAACAUAAAGCAAUUUCAUCAUGUCCGGUGUGACCGUGGGUUUGAUGUUUGAGAGACUGUGAGUUGAACAGAGUAAUGUUGCCGCACAAUUAAGUUGCACCUAGGGGUCUCCUUUUUUAUGGAGAUCAUUAUACUCAUGUACGUCUUGGAGUAUCUGGACAUCACGAAACGAUUGGAUCUUUAACAAUCUGGACCCAACUGUGGAUAGCUGCAAAAGGAAAUUCAAGUCAGAGUUCACGCUGUUACUUCACCGAGCCAAACCAAGCUGUGUUGCGGCAAUGCAAACUUGGUUGGAAUCCAUUUAGUUUUUCUUUCCUCCGGUUCUCUUUUUAUUUCCUUGUUGAACUUUUUUCCUUCCUUCCUU